UUUGUUCAAGUUGAAUGUUCUUUAUUUAUUUACAGCAUUUACAACCCUAAGGAGAACAGCAUAAAACCAUCGUUUUCGAAAGAAAUAACAUUUUUUUAGUUUAAAAAUGUCAUAUACAUUUAUAUGAAAUUGCACAACAGUAAAAUAAGUCACCAAUUUGUUUUUAAUAGAUAACCUGUGUGUUCUAAACACCAUUCCAACUCAGCAUAUUUCCGAUUCAAAAAUGAACUUUGGACAAGAUGAGAUUAUUAAAUCUUGAAUUUAAUAAUAAUUGUAUAUUUACUAUAACACAGUUUUUUUUAAUCAAACCAUUGCUACCUUGAAGCUCGUUGCAUCUACCUAUGAAUUAAGUUACAUUUUUUCUUUAUUUAAAUGUAAAGGUGUCAGAUGAAUACUUUUGUUUUAUUCCCUCGCCGGCAGCAACAUUCUUAGUAUAAAUUAGUAUGUUCACAAUAAUUGCUUUGAAUUACUCGGCCGAUCCCCAGUAGGAGAUUUAACAAAAGAACAUAGUUGUGGCGCGUCGCUUUGCAUCGCGAACGAAGAAAAAACUACAACAACAUCUACGACCCUUUGGACAAGCCAAGAAUUUGCGACGACCGCAACACGAACAAAUUGAGCGCAAACUAUUGUGCGGUACGAUUCGCUGAGAUAACUCCCGUGUUGAGGACCGAGAGCGCCGCCCUGUGCGCCCGCCGCCGGACAUCCGUGCAACGACUCUCCUCCAGUCAUGUUGCUCGAUUUAAAGAUCGCAUUUUACAUUUCUGUGUUCCUUCCUGCAGCUAUCAGCUUAAUCCGCUCAAGGAGGCAGUGUACGCGUUGCUAGCGGGUGUAAUCGCUAUAGCGGUCCCUGAUAGUGGUGCGCGCGGGACGCGUCUCAUUUAUAAGGGGGGUCCCGGGUAUCGCGCGUUCAGUGUGCCUGAGUGUCCCGUGUUGCGUGAGCGCACUCCUGCGUGUGACUACACUUAUACGAACUUUACCCGCAGAUCCGAAACGAAUCAGACAAUAUGCAGUUCUUCUUGACAUCAUGUCUCGUGCUGCUCGCAGCUUCCCUCGGCCCAGCCGCAGCUCAAAGAAUAACAACGAUACAACUGGAUGGCGUUCAGUAUUUUAUCUCUAGGAUGAAUCCGUACAGCCCAGAGCUCAACUAUUUCCUGUCCUAUCAGUACUGCAGAUCAUUAGGUCUUCAACUGGCAUCGUUCGAGACGAAGGAGAAGGCAGAUUCGAUAACGACUUAUCUAACAAAUGCAGGUUACAACAAAUAUGACUUCUGGACAUCGGGUAAUAACCUCGGCACAGACAUGUUUUUGUGGAUGAGCACCGGUCUGCCAUUUAAUGCGACUUUUAACUACAUGCGGAGACUGCCCAUCGAUGCUCCUGCCCAGCAUGCUGAUGACAGCAUGGACCCUCUAGACGUACCACAAGGAAGCACUGCUCCACAACGCACCGCCCGACAUGGUCGGUAUUCCAGGACGGAACACGUCAUGACUAAUGGCUGCAUCGCGCUCAAAGCUCCGACCUUCCACUGGGAGCCUCAACACUGCGGCGAGAUCAAGGACUUCAUAUGCGAGCAGACGCGUUGCUAUUACUACAACUACGGCUCGAUUCCCGUUUCAUCCGCGCAGGGAAAGCCGCUAUCGCUGACGACGACGACGACCGCCCACCCAAUCACGUCGUCCUCGCCACCGCCACCGCGCUCCGAGCACCUGCCGACCCACUUCAACCUUAACAAUCUCAUCGGCAAGCUGCGACCUUCUUCCCUUGACGGCCUCCAGUCUGCACACCUCAAGACUAGCGCCUUGUUCAAAUCCCCACCGCAAAUCGACUCCCACUAUUCGCGAGCUGCGGACGCUCAUUCCCGCGAUCACGACCAGGACCAGAAGGAAGAACCCACUCAGGGUCCGUACGAAGAUGAUGAGGGUAUGGUGGGAGACGAUCCGGCCGCGUAUCUGACUAACGAGGCUCACGACGCUCCCGUUGGAGACGAGAUCGCAUCGACUGCCGAGCCGGACGCCACCGAGCACUCCGUCCACGCCAGCGGCAUGUUGGCGCCCCCCGCUUAUUAAAGUCCGGCUUGGUAGUUGUACGUUUUUAAAUUAUCGAUUAGCGACCGAGUUUAACAAGAGUAUUAUUCUACUAUAAGUGAUUUCAGUGCGAUUCCCGUUCAUAGCUUGCUUGUCGAAGAUUUGCUUUUGCACUUGGUACAUCGAUUAUCGUAAUGUAUAAAUGAGAUUUUAGGAUCGUAUUAGUAGUACUGUUAAGUAAGAUUAGCAUUUUAAAAAAAAACUAUGGUGAUUUCGUAGGUUAUAUGGGGCAAUAUUUGUAAUACAGUUGAAGAUGCUGGCGACUCGUGUCAAACGACUUGCCUCCGUCUUCCGAAUACGGUGGAUAUCGCAAAAUAAAACGUUUCAUUAAAAUUAAGAUUAGUUUACGUAACAGAUUGAUCGACAAUUCAUCGAUAUUUCAACACGAACCGUAAUUUUAUGUAUUAUGUAAUUUAACAAUUAAAGUGCAUUUCUUCGGGACAUAUCAUUCGGAAUAGUGUUCUAAGGUAGUGUUUAUAGAAGUGACGUAAUUAGUUUAUCAUAAGUUGAAAAUCAAGAAUUUAACUGGUAGUGAUUUAGCGAAGUUAAUAAAGUUUGAACUUUGGCA